AAGGAUACAUUUCUAAAACAGCCAUAUCUAAAACAGCCCAUAAUAAACCUAAUUAAAGCGCCCAUUUGCUUGAAUCCACUGCCAUUCAGUUGAUACUUCAGCUGAAGGGGGACAGGACUUUGCAUUGGUUUGUCUCCACACGUUCUUUCCCGUUUUUCUCCGUACACGGAAAGCUCCUGCCCCCUGAUCCCUCAAGCGCCCGGAUGCACACCAGCAACAGUCAGUCAGUCAGUCAGGACAAACAUGGUCGCCAGAGCUGAAGGAAGCGUUUAGGAAUCUCCUCGCUGCAAUUCUCUUCAGAAAGUGAAGGUUUUUAGACUGGUCGCUUACAGCACGUAAAGCCUCGCCGGAGGACUACAUUUUCUUCUCGCUGAAGGCGUCUUUGUGGACAGGACACUUAGAGGGCCAAACAAUGGAAUGCUCUCUCCUGCCUACACUGCUCAGCACUCUACAGACUGAGGUUAAACGGCUUAGUUAGCAGUGUACCUCUCCCCCAAGAACACUUUUAGCCUGGGGAAAGUUGGGAGAAAUAAAAACCAAGCGAAGGAGAAUUUCCUUCAUAGUACAGCACCUUACUCCAGUUCUUUGUAGUUGUUUGGGAUUCAUUUGUACGCUUUGCGUGAACAAAAGCCAUGAUGGAAACGGAAACGUACCUGUGGAUGGUCGUGCUUGGCUUCAUUAUAGCCUUCAUCCUGGCAUUUUCAGUGGGGGCCAAUGACGUGGCAAACUCGUUUGGCACAGCAGUCGGGUCAGGAGUGGUGACGCUACGUCAGGCCUGCAUCCUGGCUUCCAUAUUUGAGACCCUGGGCUCCAUGCUCCUCGGUGCCAAGGUCGGGGAAACCAUUCGGAAGGGAAUUAUAGAUGUCAGUUUAUACAAUGACACGGCGCCGAUACUGAUGGCGGGAGAGGUCAGCGCUAUGGUUGGGUCUGCGGUUUGGCAGCUCAUUGCCUCUUUUCUGAGGUUGCCCAUUUCUGGAACUCAUUGCAUUGUGGGAUCUACUAUUGGCUUCUCCAUGGUUGCUAUUGGCACAAAAGGAGUACAGUGGAUGCAGUUAGUCAAAAUUGUUGCCUCAUGGUUCAUCUCCCCUCUGCUGUCUGGCCUGAUGUCUGGCCUGCUCUUCUUCAUCAUUAGAUAUUUCAUUCUUAACAAGGAUGACCCUGUUCCCAAUGGUCUCCGCGCUUUGCCCCUCUUCUACGCUUCGACCAUCGGAAUCAACACCUUCUCCAUCAUGUACACUGGAGCUCCCUUACUGGGAUUGGAGAUGCUCCCCGUCUGGGCUAUUGCCCUCAUUACCUUGGCUGGUGCUGUGGUAUGCGCCGGUCUGGUCUGGUUUUUUGUUUGCCCCUGGAUGAGAAGGAAAAUAGCAAGUCGCCUGAAGAAAGCACAUGCUCUUUCUCGCAUCUCUGAUGAGAGUUUGGAUAAAAUUCCGGAGGAGGAAGAGGAAGCUCCUGUGUUUAAAGAGCUUCCAGGUGCGAAGAGCAGCAACGAUGCAGUGCUGCCCUUGACAGAGGAGUCCACAGGGGAGCUGAACAGCCUGGCUAAUGGAGGCACCGUCCUGCCCAACGGCAGAGUCUAUGGUCGUACCAACUCCAUGACCAACGGCUGCCUCAAGUCACCUGUGUCCAAUGGGGGAUUCAGCUUUGACGGACACAUGCGCAGCGACGGCCAGGUCUAUCACACGGUUCACAAGGACUCUGGUCUUUACAAGGACCUCCUGCACAAGAUCCACCUGGGCCGCCUGGAGGACGAGCGCAGCGGCUCACGUCCUGACAACAACUACCGUCACCUUCGCCGCAACAACAGCUACACGUGCUACACAGCGGCCAUCUGCGGCAUGCCGGUGCAGCCCCUGUUGCGGUCGGAGUCCAGCGCCCCUCCUCCAGAGGAUAGCGAGAAGCUAGUGGGCGACAGCGUCUUCUAUUCGAAGAAACGAUUGCGCUAUGACAGCUACUCCAGCUACUGUAACGCGGUUGCGGAGGCCGAGAUUGAAGCAGAGGAAGGCGAUGUGGAUGUGAAGUUGGCAGCAGAUAAAAGGGAGCCCCGGGUCCCUGCUGAAGGUGUGCUGGAGGACUGUGUUGAUGAGGACAAGGAGGAGAAGGACAAGCCUCAAGUCUUCCUGCUCUUCCACUUUCUGCAAAUCCUCACCGCCUGUUUCGGAUCGUUUGCUCAUGGGGGGAACGAUGUCAGUAAUGCAAUUGGUCCUUUGGUGGCCCUGUGGAUGAUAUACGACCAGGGUGGGGUGAUGCAGGAAGCGGCCACACCGGUCUGGCUGCUGCUCUAUGGCGGCUUGGGAAUCUGUGCUGGAUUGUGGGUUUGGGGUCGACGUGUCAUUCAAACGAUGGGCAAAGACCUCACUCCAAUCACCCCCUCCAGUGGAUUUUGCAUUGAAGUAAUGAGCGCUCUAACAGUGCUUGUUGCCUCAAAUGUGGGCGUUCCUAUAAGCUCCACCCACUGCAAGGUGGGCUCAGUGGUGGCGGUAGGCUGGAUCCGCUCAAAGAAGGCUGUGGACUGGCGUCUCUUCCGGAAUAUCUUCCUGGCCUGGUUUGUCACCGUCCCUGUAGCAGGCCUCUUCAGCGCUGCUGUCAUGGCCCUGUUCGUCUACGGCAUACUGCCUUUCGUCUGAGAUGGAAAAUGGGGAGGAGAGAGGGAGGUAUAGAAGGGUAAUGACAAAAAAAUAAAAUGGAGACAGAGACAGAAAAAAAUUAAAUAUCAUGAUAUAAGGGGACAGCCAGAGGGUGGGGAGAGUCUUCAAAUGCUGCCUGGAAAAGCAUCCAGAAUCCUUUGACUUAAAUAUCCUUAAUCUUGUCAAGAGUAUUUAUUUCCGUUUCAUUUUUCCAUUGUUUUGUUUGAAAUGUUACCAUAAACCGCAAGAUCUUUGACUCAGUGAUAUGAAAUGGUACAUAUUCAAAGUUCCAAAAAAAAAAUAGUUCUCGUACAUCUGUGGUCCUACAUGUUCAAAGGAGUAGACAGAACUGGACAGAUGUGCACAUACUCAGUGCAUUCGUAACCGUUACAAUUGCCAAUCUCGCAUAAAAUAUCAGUAUAUGAAGAAUGGGACUUUUAUGGCACAAUUCACAGUAUAUUGGCACAAAAUAUAGUUAUUAACUACUCCUGGGCCUCUAAAUGUAAUGUUUUAAAAAUAUGCCAUGUGUGGUGCGUUAUAACUGCACCUUUAAUGCCAUUCGCUGAAACAUCAAAUUUCUGCGUAAAUGACACUGAGAAGCAUCCUGCUGUUCAAAACCUACAUUAGCUGCAUUGCUAAAAUCAUACCUCAGUCAACCCUCUAUGCCACAUAAAAGACAAGUGACAAAACUGUGCUAUCUCAUAAUACAUGAAAUAUUAUAAGAUGAAUCAUUUUUCUAGUGGAUAAUGUGCAAGAAUUCCCUGUUCUUUUAUUGUUGUAUUUAUUUUUAGAUAUGUUAGCAUUCAGACCUUUUUUUUAAAAACAAAAAACAAAAAAACAACAACAAAGGUGUGAAGACAAAAUCAUGUUUUGAACUAUGUAUGCUACUAUAAUUUCUACUGUGUAUAUAUUCAGCUUUGGAUUUUAGAUUUUUAGUUAUGUCUUAUUUCGAGGUCUUAUAUUGUUACAUUUAAGGAGACUUUAGACCAGGUUUGGUAGUUGCAUGAAACGUAUGCUCUUCCAAGCAUAUGAAAAUGAUCAAAUAUUAAACAUUUACUUUUCUUAUGACAAGACGCUACAUUCAUAAUCCUGUCAGGCUUUAUCAAAAAUAACUUCAAAUUAACGAUUUACAACUUUUUCUCCAAUCGACUAACCUAAAAGAUUCCCAUGUCAAUGAAAAAAUAGGAAUUCACCAUCAUUUGAAGAUGUAAAAAAAGGAGCAUAUCUGAGGUAUUAAAUUGAAACUUUCAAUAAUUCAACUUUUUUUUAAUCCAUAAAUAUCAAUAGGUGAUUUAAACCCAUUUGAUUUUAUUCCCUUUUUGGAAAAAGAAUAGCCAAAGAUUCUGAUGGUCAAGUUUCAUUGCCAAUCUCUUUGACAGUGUUUGUAAUUACAAUCUAAACGAUGUCCAGACAAAAGAGAUCAGUUUGUCUUUGUAUUGCAGAAAGUAUAUCAAGGAUGCUAGUAGUUCAGUCUAGCCAUAGUAUAUAAUGUUCUUCGAGCCCAAUGGAUGAUGCCAAUAUAAAAUACCUAUAUGUGCCGAAACAGCCAAAAUCCCCUGACGGGCACUUGGGUGACCCAUAAAACCAGCACAAACACACAAACGUAGAUUUACCCACUUCACAUAGAUGGUGUUUUGAGAGGCAGUAUUAGAUGCUGAGUCUGGCUAUCAGUGAAUCUCAUAUCAGCAUCCAGCUACUUGAUUCAGCCUCACUGAUAAAGCCUUCAGUACUGAUAUCACAUUGAGGUUUAUUAGAACUGGAAUUUGUUUAACAUCAGGACAAUAUGUGAUUCAGAGACACAAAUGUGUCAUAAAAUGAAAGGUCAAUAUGUAACAACCUAUUUGUGGCCCUGACACCACAAGAAACCAAAAAGUCUCACGAUUUCCAUCCAAAAAUGACCACGCUAUAUCAGGUGAACUGAGCUUAGAUGUUUGUCAGACACCAUUGUAAUCUGCCUCGGGAUAGUCACCAGAUUUGGAAACUGUACAAACGUGUGGCUUUGAACCAAUGCAAAGUGUUGCUGUUUCUUUUUGUGUGUGUGCGUGCGCGUGUGUGUGUAUUACUUUUGUUUUUAUUUUUCAUCAAGAACAAAUCUAUGCUUAUAUGGCCAUUUGCCUUGUAAUGUUGUGCUUUACUGUUUGUUGGAUACAGUAACUUAAGUACUGUGGUGUUUACAUUGUAAUCAUAUUGUAGAAUAACUCAUUGCAGUUGCCUAAAAAUGCCAAUCAACUAACUAUUAAUCACAAAUUAAAUAUGAAAUAACCAGGCAUAGUGCAAAGGUGUUUCAUGUCAUUUUGUGUUUUAGCAGUGUGAACCAUCAUGAUCCUGUGUUACUCACACACUGCUACAUGUAGUACAACUUUACAUGGUGGAUAUGAUUAAAAAAAUAAUAAUAAUAAAAAAAAAUGAAUAGAUAUAUAAAUUUCAUUAAACUAUAUUUUUCUACAUAUAUAAGUUUUACCUGGGUGGUGACUUCUUACAUGGAGAGUAAUCUGGGCUCCCGAGCAGCGAUUAUGUUGAAGUACCAGUAACUAUUGUAAGAAAAUUCAGUGCUGAAUACCACUGAACAUUUUCUUAAAGAUGAUUUUAUCGCAAAAGAGUCAGAAAAGUUCCGACAGGGGUUAGUAAUGUGGAUUGGUUCCAUAUAUCCAUUGUU